AUGGAGGCGCGGAUACAGCCGGGCUCCUGCAGCAGCAGCAGCAGCAGCAGCAGCAGCAGCGGGAGUAGCAGCAGCGGGAGUAGCAGCAGCAGCAGCAGCGGGAGUAGCAGCAGCAGCAGCAGCAGCAGCAGCAGAAGCAGUAAGAGAGGAGUAGGCGCAGGUGGAGUAGUUGUAGUAACAACAUCAACAGCAGCAGCAACAGCAGCAGCAACAGCAGCAGCAGCAGCAGCAGCAGCAACAGCAGCAGCAGCAGCAACAGCAGCAGCAGCAAACAGUCACGGCAGCAGAGGCAGGAGUAGUAGUAGCAGCACAAGCAGCAGCAGCAGCAGCAGCAGCAGCAAACAGCAGCAGAAGCAGCAUCAGCAGCAGCAUGAUCAAGCGGGCGUGCUGCGGCUUCCUGCUGUCGUUGCAUAUCGCUCGGUGCUGCAGCAGACGCAGCGGGACCUCCAUCUGCAGCAGCAGCAGCAGCAGCAGCAGCAGCAGCAGGAGCGGCAGCGGCAGCAGGGCAGGAACAGUAGUUGGAGCAGCAGCAGCAGCAGCAGCAGCAGCAGCAGCAGGAGAGGAGCAGGAACAGCAGUUGGAGGAGGAGCAGCAGCAGCAGCAACAAUAGCAGCAGCAGCAGCAGCAGCAGCAGCAGCAGCAAAACAGCAAGAAAAGCAAUAG